GGCAUCAGUCACACAUCCACCCGGGGCAGAGGACAUACCGGUGCGCGGCGCUCAUCCAGAACCACCAGCAGCAGCGAUGCCUCACUCCUUGUUCCCCCUGUGCGUCCUGGGACUCCUCACGCUCUCAUCCGCCUGUUACAUCCAGAACUGCCCGAGAGGAGGGAAGCGAGCGCUGCCGGAGACUGGGAUCAGACAGUGCAUGUCUUGUGGCCCCGGAGACAGGGGUCGCUGCUUCGGCCCCAGCAUCUGCUGUGGGGAGGGCCUUGGCUGCCUGCUGGGCUCCCCUGAAACAGCUCACUGUGUGGAGGAGAACUACCUGCUCACGCCCUGCCAGGUAGGAGGGAGACCCUGUGGCUCUGAGGGAGGACGCUGCGCUGCUUCAGGACUCUGCUGUAACUCAGAGAGCUGCAUGGUGGACCCUGACUGCCUGGGGGACACCGAGGCCUCGGAUCCGGCUCACGGCUCUGCAGGGAGCUCACCUGCAGAACUGCUGAUGCGCCUGCUGCACGUAGCCACCAGAGGACAGACUGAGUACUGAUACUGAUCUCUGCGGAGGCUUCUCAGGGCCCGGAGGUGCAGCAGAAUGUUGUUAAAAUGCCAAGUCAAACUUUGUUCUCUCUUAACCCCUACUGCUGUGAUAUCUCUGUGUAGAUGGUCACAGAAAGAGAACCAUCUCUAACUUAAGUAAUUGGCUUUUGUCAUCCAGAUCCUGGGGGAGAGAAAUCAUGAUACUGGUAAUGAAAAGUAGAUGUUUGUUCUAACCUUAGAAAUGUAUAUACUAAUGCACAUACUGUAAACAAAAUUGUAUUCUAUAUGAGGGGAUGUGACACCUUAGAGCUCCAUUUCAAACAAGUGAAUCAUAGCAGAAAACACUGUAAAUAAAUCAGAGAUCAGAGAUUACAGACAUCCAUGUACAACAGCCGAAUGACAAUGCAGUUCUCGUGUAGUAGAGAUAUAAUUGUAUAUUGACAAUCGGAGAAACAAUACAGAAUGUAUCACUGCCAAAAAAA